UCAGCGACAUCGUCGGCACAACAACUUGCCACUUGAUUUCCAUAGAAAGCUCCAUAGGAAGUAGGUAUUGUGGGCAAGAAGCAGAGCGCGCAUCAUCUCAGAUGAGCGCAGAGUUUCAUUGUAAACUGGAUGGUAGUUCUGUCCCUUUGUUUUACGCUCUGUUCGUACCAUUUCAUUAAGCGCAAAAAAAUCAUUGGUGAGUGCAUCAUUAUUGUGGGUAUCGUUGACCAACACGGGUUAGUCAAACGUAAGACCUAUCACAAAGAAAAAUGCGCCCAGUCUACAUACGCGGGGUCGAACGGGACGUAGAGUUAAUUUCCGAGGAUGAUAAUAAAAUGCCUAACGAAGCCAUCACAUUAAAGGACAGUGACGCGGUUUUUGCUUUGAGGACAUUGACUAUGCGUUCCGCUAUAAUACCAGGACCCUCUAAUUCGCUGCGUGAGUGCUCCUUAGGUAUCGUAUACGGAAAUAGCGCCAGACUCUUGAAAGAAAACGAACAAAUUGUCAAGAACGGUUCAAAAUACACCCACGAAUGGACCUUCUAUGUGAAACCAUACAACGACAGCUGGGAUAUGUCAGCUCUUCUUCGUGAGGUAGUGUUCGUAACGGAUCCGGUGUACCCGAGUACUAGACUGACGCAGGCCCCGUAUCAAGUUACUCAUAUUGGCUGGGGCGAGUACAACGCUUCUGUCCAGCUAUUCUUCAAUAAGCCUUUCUCGACGAAAAGGCCAUUAGUUCUUUACCAUACAAUUAUCUUAGUCCAAAGUCUAUCCCAAAAGAAUGCAAGUCCGGCCACUCAGGAGGGCUUAGAAGAUCGAGCACAAAAUUACAUUGUCGUGCCAUUUAUUCAAACAGAAUAUUACGACGAAAUUGUUGUUACUUCCCCUACGCCAGAGCAGCGAGAUGCUAUUGGGCGUGCUUAUCGCGGAAAUGUAACGAUUGGUCCUGAAUGCCCAUACGAACUGCCCCGAGAAAGGACAAUUGCUAAAAUAAAGAGCGUCAAAAAAGAAAUUGAGGCCGAAAUCGCGAGGAUGAAAAAGGAAAUUCUGGCUAACAUCAGAGAGUGUAAGGAACUCAGAUCGAGUAUCGUACAGUUAAACAUGACGAACUUGUAAAGCUACACUAUUUUUAGUGUAGGUAGAAUAUUUGCAUCAAUUGUAUACAGCACACUAGUUAGAAUUGGCCUUGACAAUUUUCCAAUACGAUAUGAUUAAACAAGGGAACAUGUAUACGCAUCAGCCUUAUAGAAAGUAUAGAAUCGAGUUUAAGUAACGACCUUUGAUUUCGGCAUAAGAAUGUGAUUACGUUGGCUCUAUUUUCUAUGUUCGACAAGUUUUUUCCAUAAAGUUUAAUUUCCAUCUGUUUAAAUUCAGUCGCAAUUUGAAUUCAUAUAGAAAACAAUAAUAACUCAAGUGAAGUGACUCAACGGUUAACUGGAAGCAUGUGCUAUUCAUAUAGACAAUGUAUCGCAUAACACCAAUAGGUGUUAAUAGAUCUCCUUUAUAAGCGUUUUUUU